GGCCGGACCGUCGCGCGGCAACGCUGGGAGCCGGCGGAAAUGGGGCUGGUGUCCCGCGGCACGGCCGCGGCGGGGCUGGGGGCCGGGGGCCGCGAGCGCUGUCGUCUGCUCGGGCCGGCCCGACGCGGUCCCCGACCCCAUGCCGACCCCGCCGCCUGAGAGCGCGGCCCGGGGGAACAGCCGCGUGCCCGGCAUGGUGCUCAAGGCCUUCUUCCCCACGUGCUGCGCCUCGGCCGACAGCGGCCUGCUGGUGGGACGGUGGGUCCCGGAGCAGACCAGCGCUGUGGUCCUGGCUGUGGUGCACUUUCCCUUCAUCCCCAUCCAGGUGAAGCAGCUCCUGGCCCGGGUGCAGCAGGCCAGCCAGGUGGGGGUGGCCGUGCUGGGCACCUGGUGCCACCGCCGGCAGGAUGCCGAGGAGAGCCUGGGCCGCUUCCUGGAGGGCCUGGGCGCCAUCUUCUCCCAUGAGCCCUGGCUCCAGCUGUGCCGGGAGAGGGGCAGCGAGGCCUGGAGCUGCAAGGCCACCCGCCGGCAGGCACCUACCUGCCCCGGUGCCCCCGGCGAGGACCAGGUCAUGCUUGUCUUCUAUGACCAGCGCAAGGUGCUGCUGUCCCAGCUGCACCCGCCCGUGGCCCUGCCUGACCACCAGGCUGGCGACGCCACGGCCGGUGCCGGGGGCUUGGCUGCUGUCUUUGACACGGUGGCACGCAGUGAGGAGCUCUUCCGAAGUGACCGGUUCGACGAGGGCCCCGUGCGGUUGAGCCACUGGCAGUCGGAGGGCGUCGAGGCCAGCAUCCUCGCGGAGCUGGCGAAGCGGGCCUCGGGGCCCAUCUGCCUGCUGCUGGGCGGCCUGCUGUCACUUGUCUCAGCCGCCAGCGCCUGCCGGGUGUUCCAGCUGUGGCCCCUGUCCUUUAUCUGGAGCAAGCUCUCCACAUGUGAGCAGCUCAGGCACCGGCUGGAGCAGCUCACGUUUGUCUUCAGCACCCAGAAGGCCGAGAACCCCACCCAGCUGAUGAGAAAGGCCAACGUGCUUGUCUCUGUGCUUCUUGACGUGGCCCUUGGUCUUGUGCUGCUAUCUUGGCUUCACGGGAAGGACCGGAUCGGCCACCUGGCAGAGGCGCUCGUCCCCGUGGCUGAUCGCGUGGCCGAGGAGCUCCAGUGUCUCCUGCAGUGGCUGAUGGGAGCGCCUGCUGGGCUGAAGGUGAACCGGGCGCUGGACCAGGUCCUGGGCCGCUUCUUCCUAUAUCAUCUGCAUCUGUGGAUCAGCUACAUCCACCUCAUGUCCCCCUUCAUCGAGCGCAUCCUGUGGCACGUGGGCCUCUCGGCCUGCCUGGGCCUGACGGUCGCCCUGUCCAUCCUGUCAGACAUCAUCGCUCUCCUCACCUUCCACAUCUACUGCUUCUACGUCUACGGCGCCAGGCUGUACUGCCUGAAGAUCUGUGGCCUGUCCUCGCUCUGGCGUCUGUUCCGGGGGAAGAAGUGGAAUGUUCUGCGCCAGCGGGUGGACUCCUGCUCCUAUGACCUGGACCAGCUGUUCAUCGGGACCUUGCUCUUCACCAUCCUGCUCUUCCUCCUGCCCACCACGGCCCUGUACUACCUGGUGUUCACCCUGCUCCGGCUCCUGGUGGUGGCCGUGCAGGGCCUGAUCCACGUGCUCGUGGACCUCGUCAACUCCCUGCCGCUGUACUCCCUCGGCCUCCGGCUCUGCCGGCCUUACAGGCUUGCAGCCGGCGUGAAGUUCCGAGUCCUGGAGCAUGAAGCUGAUAGGCCCCUCCGCCUCUUGAUGCAGAUCAACCCCCUGCCCUUCAGUCACGUGAUACGCACCUACCGCCUCCCCAGCUGUGGCUGCCACCCCACCCACUCCUGGGGCUCCCUGUGCCGCAAGCUUUUCUUCGGGGAGCUCAUCUACCCCUGGAGGCAGAAAGGGGACAAGCGGGACUGACGGACCCCGGCCACCGGCCCGCCCGGCACCGCCACACGGCCACAGUCAGCCCUCCACCCUGCCGGGGACGCUGACUGUCAGGACGACACGCAUCCGUGCUGUUUGCCUUCUGUGCCCCCGGUUGUCUGAGGCCUCUACGUCUGCCCCUGGCUCCGAGGCUGCGGGGUGCUGAGCAGGAGGUCGCAGGGGCAGCCAGCCGGGCCAGGAGGCCCGUGCUUCAUCACUAGCAGUGUUUGCCUCGGGACCCGCCUCCUGACCUGCUGGGAUGGCAUCGGCAACCCGGUGCCCCCCAGCCCCCGGGGGCCUGCCCAGGAGCCCUGCUCUGCCCCUCCCGUCACCCCCAGACUCCGGGAGGGGUUUGUAGGCCUCUACCCCUGACCACCACGGCCACUGCCAACGGGGCAAGCCGGCAGCUCUCCCUGUCGGGAGGUGGAGGGACCCCUCCCGGGAUGCGCUCAACGGUCCUUGAGGCGGACCCCCAGCAUCCCGGCCUUGGGGGUUGCUCCAGGGUCCCCAGAACCAGCAGCCCCGGUGGCCCCGAGCCCUCUGGGAAGCCGGCAGCACUGCCCUCGGAGCCUGGACCACACAAGGGUUUACUUGAUGCCACCCGCAGAGGUUGUCCCGCAGGGGGAGCUGCCGUGGGCCUUCGGGUCUCCCUGUGUGAAGCCGGGCCACGCGGGCGCCCGGAGCCGCCUUGCCAGAGACCAGACAGCCAUUCGCCCUGCCGCCCUGUCCCUGCCCCACACCCCUGCGGGAACAGGCCCCUUGGCCAAAUACCAUCUCCCUCACUGACGUCGCACGGAAGCAGGCAGCUCCUAGAGAGACACGUUUGUGGUCUCCAGUGUGUAUGUGGCGGGGGGGUGGGGGGCAGCAUUCAGGCCGCGUCUGCCUGCCGGCUGGCGUGGCAUCUGACUGUGGGCGCGAGCCCCGCAGUCCCCAGGGGGAGGAAGACUGCGCGUGCGGAUGGCACCGUCUGUGUUUUGUCCUCCUGGAGUUGUUUGUGCUCGUGCCGUCGCCCGAGCAGGAGAAGGGGCAGCGGCCUCUGUUCAUUGCGGGCACUUGGGCCCGUCCACCUCUGCCACCUGCACUCCUUGGCUGCGGGCCACGGCGGGGAGCCCCUGGGGGAGUUCCCAGCAGCUCGGCAUGUGACGGGACAGGUCCCGGCUCUGCCUUUUUCGGCUGAGACAAUAAAACUUCCCACGCGUU